AACUUGUAGAUAAUAGGUCGGUUGUGGAACAGGCCUAAGUAACUAGUACUUGUGUUUAAAACAGUGUCUUUGACGAUGUAUCUUGGACUAGUUCUAUUCUAUUUUUUCAUAUUACUGUAUGCUUUGAUGCUAUUACCUAUUUCUUUGGCCUUUAAGGAAAAAGUAUGCUUGGGUACUAGUUCUCGAAUGUAUAAACCCAACGACUUAAAAAGCCACAACAAGAACCUUCUGGAACGGUAUACUAACUGCACGUAUGUUGAAGGAAACUUAGAGUUGACUUGGUUAACUGACGAUAUUGAUUUGACCUUUCUACAUGACGUAAGGGAAGUCACGGGCUAUGUCCUGAUCUCAUUUGUAAAUGUUAAAAGGAUUGUAUUUCCCAGUUUGAUGAUCAUUCGAGGUCGUAAACUGUUGAUGGUAAACGGAAUGCUCAAGAAUCAAUCUUUUUCCCUUUUUAUCAACCACAGUUCUAUAGAAUCAAUACAGUUUCCAGCACUUAGAGAUAUCCUGAAUGGAAAUGUUGGUUUUGUCAACAACAUUAACAUUUGUUUCAUUGAUACCAUAAAAUGGAAUGAGAUAUUAAGUGGACAGAGCUCUGAAGCCAUUAUAUAUAACAGUACCAAACCAACAGACCGUGAAUGUCCAAAUUGUCAUGAAUCUUGUGAAGUUGGAUGUUGGGGGAAAGGACCUGAAAAUUGCCAAAGAUUUUCCAAAAUCAAUUGUUCCCCACAGUGCUACCAGGGGCGUUGUUAUGGUCCCAAUCCUCGAGAGUGCUGCCAUCUCUUUUGUGCUGGAGGUUGCACUGGACCAAAACAAAGUGACUGUUUGGCUUGUCUCAAUUUUCAUGAUGACGAUGUUUGUAAGCAAGAAUGUCCUCCAAUGAAGCGUUACAAUCCAUCAACCUAUUCGUGGGAAGACAACCCUAAUGGAAAAUAUGCUUAUGGUGCAACUUGUGUUAAAAAUUGUCCAGAACAUCUGUUGAAGGAUAAUGGAGCCUGUGUACGGUCAUGUCCAUCUGACAAAAAAGCUGUUAAUGGAGAAUGUGUGGCAUGUGAUGGUCCUUGCCCUAAAUCUUGCACUGGUGUUGAUGUGCUACAUUCUGGAAAUAUUGAGAAAUUUCGUGACUGUACCAUUAUUGAAGGAUCCAUUACCAUACUUGAGUCAACGUUUGGAAGCUACACAGAUUUUGAAGAAACUUCCUCAGGUGUUACUUACCCUGCAAUGCACCCUAGUCAAUUGGACGUUUUUAGCACUUUAAAACAUGUGACUGGGUUCCUCAACAUUCAAGCCUCUAAUCCACACUUUAAAAAUCUGUCAUGUUUUCGUAACUUGGAAGUGAUUGGAGGUCGCCAGACUACAGAUCAGUAUGCUGCAUUGUAUAUUGUGAAGACCUCUUUGGAGACACUGAGUCUAAAAUCUUUAAAGAAAAUAAGAGCAGGAAACGUUGUGAUUUUUGAGAAUGCUGAACUUUGUUUAGCAGAUACCAUCACGUGGGAAGAUAUUAUGUUAUAUAAUUCAAAUUCUGCACUUAUUCAGUAUAAUGCUGAUGAAGAGUAUUGUAAACAGAUAGGUCUUGUGUGUCACAACCAAUGUAAAGGAAAGCAUUGUUGGGGACCUCAUGCAGAUCAAUGUGUGUCUUGUAAAGCCUACAAGCUAGACGAUACUUGUGUGAAGAAUUGUACAAACCUGGAAAACACUUUCCAUGUAGGAAACCAUGAAUGUAAACACUGUCAUAGUGAAUGCCUAGGAGGUUGCGCUGCCUCUGGUAAUGACAACUGUAUGUCCUGUCGGAAUGUUAAGGAUGGGCCUUACUGUGUCUCCAUAUGUCCACUUGCCAAAUUCAGCAGUAAUGGAAUUUGCAAAUUUUGUCAUGAGGAUUGUGCAGAAGGCUGCACUGGCCCAAGCAACAUUCUGGGCCCUAAUGGGUGCAAUUCCUGUGAUAAGGCUGUUGUAACCAGCAACAAUGUGAUGUGUGUGCCAGCUGACCAGCCUUGCCAAGAAGGAUAUUACACAGAAUACAUUGGGCCAUCAGAUAAAGUCUUAAAGAAAUUGUUUGGAAAACCUGUUUGCCGACCAUGUCAUAAUGAAUGUUUAAACUGUACUGGAUAUGGAACACACAUAUCUUUAUGUGAGUGCAAGAACUACAUCUCAGGAGAACAGUGUAAGUCAAUGUGCCCCAUUGACCACUAUGCUCAUAAUGCUAGUCGAAAUUGCCUGAAAUGUUCCAAUGAGUGUAGAGAAUGUAUAGGUCCAACCACCAUGGAAUGCAAAGAUUGUCGUAACUUCAAAGUUUAUCUAAAAGAUGACAAAUUAAAGUUUAACUGCACUGUUGUGUGUCCACCUGAAAAGCCAUACAGAGUACUCCAAGAAUCACCAUAUUGUUCCAGUGUGGACCCAUCAGAUGAAAGCAGCUCUAGUGAAGAAAAGAAACACCGAUUUAUUCUGAGUGUUACUAUUGCUCCCUCACUGGCUUUUUUUAUUCUUGUUGUGGGAAUUGUAUACUGGUUACUGCAGCGUGCUCGGAAUGCCAAAAAUACUGUAAAAAUGGCUGAGAAAUUUAUUAAACUGAACAAUGAGAAUGAACCUGUAAUUCCAUCUAACGUUAUGCCGAACCUUGCCCAACUUCGCUUGGUUAAAGAAGAAGAGCUUUACAAAGGAGGUGUCUUGGGAAAUGGAGCAUUUGGAACAGUGUAUAAGGGCGUGUGGAUACCUCAAGGAGAAAAUGUCAAAAUUCCAGUAGCAAUAAAAGUGUUGAAUGAUAAUAAUUCUGAGACAGGACCUUCCAAUAAUAAUAUAUUUUUAGAGGAAGCAAAAAUCAUGGCUAGCGUGGACCAUCCAAAUGUUUUAAAAUUGCUAGCUGUUUGUGUAACCUCGCAGGUUAUGGUUAUUACUCAACUUAUGCCACUAGGUUGUCUAUUAAACUAUGUCCAAACCAACAAGAAGAAAAUUGGUUCCAGGCCACUACUCAACUGGUGUACUCAGAUAGCUAGGGGCAUGGCAUAUUUAGAAGAAAAAAAAGUGGUUCACAGAGAUCUUGCCUUAAGAAAUGUCCUGUUGUAUAAUCCUAACUGUACAAAAAUCACAGACUUUGGACUUGCGAAGCUGUUGGAUAUCAAUGAAGAAAGUUACAAAGCUGAAGGGGGAAAGAUGCCUCUGAAAUGGCUAGCUUUAGAAUGUUUACAGCAUCGUAUCUUCACACAUAAAAGUGAUGUUUGGGCAUUUGGUGUGACUGUUUGGGAACUUCUUACAUAUGGUGAUAAACCUUAUGAUCACUUGAAAUCUCGUGAAGUACCAGACCUACUGGAAAAGGGGGAGCGUUUACCUCAACCAGCUAUCUGUUCUAUUGAUGUUUAUUUGGUCAUGAUAAAAUGUUGGAUGAAAGAUGCAGAAUCCAGACCUUCUUUUAAGGAGUUGGCUAAUGAAUUUUCUAAGAUGGCUCGAGAUCCAGGACGUUACCUAGUGAUACCAGGGGAUAAACUUCUGCGUCUUCCCAGCUACACCCAACAAGAUGAGAAACACCUUAUCCACUCUUUUAGCAUAAUGAAAGAAGGUCCUGAAGUGAUCAUGGAUGCUGAAGAGUACCUGCAGCCAAAGAGUGUCUUGUCCAAUAGUUCAAAUUGUUCUACACCUUUGAAACCAGUCAAAAAAUGUGUACUUGAUUGUGGAUUUGAAAGCCAACCUUGCUCAUCAUACAGUUCGUCUAACUUUAAUGUACAGUCACCAGCACCAUCAGAUUCUGGGUCUCAUGAUCACCAGAACAAAUUAUCAGGAUGUUACUCAAUGAAUCCCCUUCAAGAAGUUGGUAGAGAUACACACCGUGUUGAAGAUGAUGAAAAACCCUUCAGGAGCACUACAUUACCUAGUGAUUUUAAAAAAAAGAAAGCAAGUUACUUGAAGCUUGCAGUUGAUGAAGAAGAUUACCUCGUUCCUUGUCCUCUUCCAACCAACCAAACAGCCAACUAUAUGGACUUGAUUGAAGAUAGUAAGUCAACAGAUCCAAACUUCUCUCCAGUUAAAAGAUCUGGUCAGAACAAGCAAAAUCAUGGCCUUGAUAAUUUUGAGUACUUACUAAUGGAUGUUAGUCAUAAUAGUCCGGAGCUAGAACUGGAAAAACAAUCCGAAGAUGAUGAAAAUGAAGAUGUACUUUUCAUCAGUACAGAUAAUCAAAAAAAGCAGGAACUUUUGCCUUUAAAACCCAAAGCUAAUGAGACAACUGUGUGAGCUUUAGUAGUGGUGUUUCUUAUAUAUAUAUAUCUUAUAUAUAUGCAUCUCUCCAUAGCUCAGUUUAUAAAAUUCAGUUUAUUUAUAAAUGUAAUAUACUUCCUGGAUACUAUAAAUAUCAUGUAUGAAAUGCUAUUGAAAAAAAUAUUUGUAUUUUAACAUUUUUUGUUCUUUGGAAGAAACCUAACAUAACACACACACACACAACACACAUUACCAGUGUGUGUGUAUACUUGGUGUUUCUUUCCUUUUUUUAAAUAUCUGCUUUACUAUCUUACUCUUAAAUGAUAACAUUUUGUACCUGUUGCUUUACUUUUUAAGCUGUUAAAAAUAAUUAUAAUUUUCAUUAUCAUGACCCAAGUAUGCUUAUUAUUCUUUGUGUCUUGUCAUGUUUUAGAACUUUUAGAAUUAGAUCUAAGUCUGAAAAAAAAAGGAAUUAGAUAGUAGUUAUAUCACUACAUCAAGAGAAUUUCUGUAACAAUAUUUGUGCACCUGAUAUUUCCAAAAUACUAGCUAAUAAUAGGUUCAUAGGUCUAGCAAGGCUGUGUGUUUAACAGGGACAGUGAGAGAGUUCAAAGUGUAUAAUACUUCAAAUAAGAAGCGUUUAAUUGUUUCUAUCUUUAUUAAUUUAGAUGAAAGGAAAACAUAUUGGUUUUAUCAGAUCUGUCAUCUUAUCUAACCUGGAAUAUUAUAGAUAAUUAGUUAAGUGGGAUUUGUAUACAACCAGGCCUCCUAGCAGCAUCUACUGUUAACAGCCUUUAAACCAAAGAAUUAAGUUACAGGCUGAAAUUGACUGAAAUAUAGGCUAAUUUUAGUGAAAUCUCGUGCAGAGGUUCUAUAUUAUAAUCAAUUAAGUCUUACAGAACCAAAACAGUUAUUUCACACUUUUUACCUAAUAUUUCUUACCUUGUAACUGAUGAUAUUCAUUUUGGAACUCACCUUGUGAACUCCCAUAUAUAAUAUCUAUGAAGUACUCAAUCAGGUGACUUCAUUGGAAGCAGACUUACAAGUGAAUGUAGAGUUGUAUGUAAUUUUCUCUAGUGUAUUCUAAGGUUUUGCUUGCACACUGCACGUGUCACUGGUUGCAAUAAGUCUUUGCUUCACAGCACAUUUAAGAUGGCUACAACUAAGAAUUGAAUCUUACACUUUAAAUGAAGAGCAAAAAAUCUAUUUCUGUAAAUAUACGUUUUACAUUUUGAAGCAUGGAAAACAGGCUAUUAUGCAUUAUUACAGGCCCUAUAAAUAAAGGUCCGAUAUCAAUGGUUAAGCCUCUGAAAAAUAUGUUUUAAAGGUUCUGUGAGAGGCCUAUAAUUAGCAUAUUUUCAUCUACUGCAUAUAAUCUAUUGAUACAGAUGUUAUGAUUUUUCAUGGAUUAGAAUUAAUAAUGUUUAAAAAAGAUAUACAUACUUUUGCAUUAGUCAUACAGACAUGCAGAGUAGUGCAAGGUUUUAAUUUGAAUUAAUUGUAGGACUUACAGAAAAACUGUCAUUAAGAUGGAAAGUGAACGCGUUCCUUAAGGUAGGCAGUAACUUAUAAACUCUCCUGAUGUAAGAAGAUAUACAAGUUUAAUAUCUGUCAUAGACUUAUGAUUUCCAUGAUAUAAGUCAAUUAUAGAAAGUUGUAAGGUGAAGAUUAACCGUUCAAAAUAGAAUCCCUGAAAUUUGUCGUUUGUUAAAAGGUUUUUGUUGUUUUAAAAAAAUCAUAAAUAUCCAAAUAUUCCACCUUACUCACUAUCCAAAACAACUAAAAAAUAAUAGGAAUAGGAGUUUCUAGCUAUGUCAAUAGAAAAUUGCUGCAAUAAAAUGAUGUUCGUCAUUCCCCCUCAUUUCAUCAUGAUGAAAAUCAGCCAUCAGAUAAACAGUCAUGGUCUGAAGUGAAAUUAUUUGUCAUUCAGUUUAUACUAAUUAUAUGGUAGACAAGAAUGGCAGCAGAAAAAAUAUUGGGGGGGGGGGUCAAGUUUGAAAAAAUUAUGAAAUCGAAAUAGUUUUCUUCUAUGGAAGACUAGAAGUCGCCAUUUUUCUGGCACGGGCUGAAUAAAUAUAAAAUUAUGAUUCGAUUAAAAUAUCUUCUAAAUUACUGUAUCAAUGAGAAAUAAAAAGAAUUUAGAUACCAAUCAUACUAUUGUUAAUAUCCCUGUAAUUACAAAUACCUUAUGAGUUUCCAAUAACAUAGAAUAAUAAUUUUACAUAGCUAGUAAUUUUUUUUCUUUUUGAAAAUCCAGGCGCCCAUGAUGGUAGAGGUGGCUUUAGUUUUAAAUGUUUGGUAGAGAUGGCUGUACACUUUUAAAUAUAUGGUAGAGAUGGCUGUACACUUUUAAAUGUAUGGUACAGAUGGCUUUUACAGAUUUAAAUAUAUGGUAGAGAUAGCUUUUACAGAUUUAAAUGUAUGGUAGAGAUGGCUUUUACAGAUUUAAAUGUAUGGUAGAGAUGGCUGGCUUUUACAGAUUUAAAUGUAUGGUAGAGAUGGCUUUUACACUUCAUGUCAUUUCAGUUUAAAAUGGAGGAUGUUCAUCACGAACAGCAAUGGCAGUUUGACACUAAUAUUGCAUGCUUAAAGUAAUAUUGAUAAGGUCCUGACUGGCAAACAAAUUAUUUAAUGAUAUGUGUUGCAAAGAAAUAAAAGAAGGUUAGAAAAAUAUUUUCUCAUCUCGGAUAUUCCGGGGUUAGAGCUAAUUUGCUAGCCCCACCUACAGGUUAAUUCUGUAGUCACUUCCAUGUACAGUACAGUUUUUGCAAUAACUGGGUAUCAUUUACAAGAAAAAAUAUUAGAUGUAGAAACUUACACAACUUGUAUUUUAACAUGACAAUGCCCCUACGAAACACUGUGAUAUGUUAAUAUAGUAUCAGGUUCAGUAUACAUUCGGCCAUUCAUUGCAUGAAAUAUUUUACUUAUGACACAAAGAUGUUAACAUAAACUAUUGUGAAAUACUGUCUUGUCGGUAUUUAUUUUAUGUUAGAGUAAGACUUGGGCACUACUAUUCAUCGCCAUUUUCUACAUCGUUUAACAAUCAUGUACAGUUUUGUAGUUGUGGCAAUAAAUUAUUUGUUUUGAUAUUCCAA